CAGUGUUUGGUUGGGCCAAAAGCAACGCGCUCGGGAAAUUGUUCACUCAUUCGACAAAGUGCAAAGUGACCGAGCAGUCGUGUCGCGACACCGUCUCUCAUCGUCACCCGGGAGUCACCAACAAGUAUGAGAUUCUUGUGUGUGGCGUUGGAGAAUUGAGCGAAACACAGUGGAGAAGGAAAGGUGAAAAAAUAAAUAACAAAAUAACAAAAGGCCUAGAAGCUGUCCGUGCUCUCGACCGUUUUUGUUGAUGGUAGUGUGCGUGCGCAGCUGUGAAUGUGUUGUGUAGAACCGCGGAGAAGAAAGAGCAUGAAAAUUAUUGUGAGUGAGUGAAACCGUAACCGACGACCGUAGUAACCUAACAGCAAGCAAAACGUAAAGAUCGGCCAACGAUCGUGUGUUGUAUAUUGAUUUUAAACCCCCCCAUUUUAAAAGCGCGUGUGCAUAAACCUUCAUCAUCAACUGCAAACCCAUCAACUCCCUCUUUUGGGUGUGUGUGUUUUUUGUGUUUUUGUGUGUGCGUGUAUGCGUGUGUGCAAGUGAGCGAACGCUGUUGUAACUGUUCUGGACGGAGCUGAUUAAGAGAGGAAAAAACAUACACACAGGAUAAUCCAUCCCUUCCCCCGAUAGCAACGAUGGCGGAAGAUCUGCGAGACCGCAAUGAUCCGGAGCUGAAAUAUCUGUCCGUGGAGCGGAACUCUUUCAACGAUCCGGCCACGCAAGCCGAGUGGACACAGAAGCGGCUAGUUUGGGUGCCGCAUGAAUCACAGGGCUUCGUAGCUGCCAGCAUCAAAGGCGAGCGUGGCGAUGAGGUGGAGGUCGAGCUUGCCGAAACCGGCAAGCGCGUCCUGGUACUUAAGGAUGACAUCCAGAAAAUGAACCCGCCCAAAUUCGACAAAGUGAAGAGAACGAGUGCACAACAUCAAGGACCUUCUCCACCACCGUUAGGCAAACAUACAUACUCGGGGCUGUUCUGCGUGGUGGUCAACCCGUACAAGAAGCUGCCCAUCUACACCGAGAAGAUCAUGGAGAAAUACAAAGGCAUCAAACGGCACGAGGUGCCACCACACGUCUUUGCGAUCACAGACACCGCCUAUAGAUCGAUGCUUCAAGAUCGAGAGGACCAAUCCAUUCUUUGUACCGGCGAGUCGGGCGCUGGCAAAACCGAGAACACAAAGAAAGUUAUCCAGUAUUUAGCGUACGUCGCUGCAUCGAAACCGAAGGGAUCCGUCGCGACACCAACGCCAGCCCUGAUCAUCGGUGGUCACCAUACGAGUUUAUCGGGUGAAUUGGAGCAGCAGUUGCUUCAGGCGAACCCCAUUCUGGAAGCGUUCGGUAACGCCAAGACGGUGAAGAACGACAACUCGUCCCGUUUCGGUAAAUUCAUUCGAAUAAACUUUGACGCUUCGGGCUACAUCUCGGGCGCCAACAUCGAGACGUAUCUGCUGGAGAAGUCACGUGCCAUUCGCCAGGCGAAGGAUGAGCGUACAUUCCACAUCUUCUACCAGCUGCUGGCGGGCGCGUCGCCCGAACAGCGCGAGCGCUUCAUCCUGGACGACGUGAAGACGUACCCGUUCCUGUCGAACGGUGGGCUGCCGGUACCGGGCGUGGACGACUAUGCCGAGUUCCAGGCCACGGUCAAGAGCAUGAACAUUAUGGGCAUGACGUCGGAGGACUUUAACUCGAUCUUCCGCAUCGUGAGCGCGGUGCUGCUGUUCGGCUCGAUGACGUUCAAGCAGGAGCGCAAUUCCGACCAGGCCACGCUGCCGGACAACACGGUCGCCCAGAAGAUUGCGCAUCUGCUCGGGCUGAACGUGACGGACAUGACCAAGGCAUUCCUGACGCCCCGCAUCAAGGUGGGCCGUGACUUUGUGACGAAGGCACAGACCCGCGAGCAGGUGGAGUUUGCGGUGGAGGCGAUCGCUAAGGCGUGCUACGAGAAGAUGUUCAAGUGGCUGGUGAACCGGAUAAAUCGGUCGCUCGAUCGUACCAAGCGGCAGGGUGCAUCGUUCAUCGGCAUCCUCGAUAUGGCUGGUUUCGAAAUCUUCGAGCUGAACUCGUUCGAGCAGCUGUGCAUUAACUACACGAACGAGAAGCUUCAGCAGCUGUUCAACCACACCAUGUUCAUCCUGGAGCAGGAGGAGUACCAGCGGGAGGGCAUUGAGUGGAAGUUCAUUGACUUUGGGUUGGAUCUGCAGCCGACGAUCGAUCUGAUCGACAAGCCGGGCGGCAUUAUGGCGCUGCUGGACGAGGAGUGUUGGUUCCCGAAGGCAACGGACAAGUCGUUCGUGGAGAAGCUGGCAGCCGCCCACUCCAUGCAUCCCAAGUUCAUGAAGACCGAUUUCCGUGGCGUGGCCGACUUUGCGGUCGUACAUUACGCCGGCAAGGUUGACUACUCCGCCACGAAGUGGUUGAUGAAGAACAUGGAUCCGCUGAACGAGAACGUGGUGUCGCUGCUGCAGGCGUCGCAGGAUCCGUUCGUGGUGCAGAUCUGGAAGGACGCCGAGAUUGUCGGUAUGGCCCAGCAGGCCCUAACGGACACACAGUUCGGUGCUCGCACGCGCAAGGGUAUGUUCCGUACGGUUUCGCAUCUCUACAAGGAGCAGCUGGCCAAGCUGAUGGACACGCUGCGCAAUACCAACCCGAACUUUGUGCGUUGUAUCAUUCCGAACCACGAAAAGCGUGCCGGCAAGAUCGAUGCUCCGCUCGUGCUGGACCAGCUGCGCUGUAACGGUGUGCUCGAGGGUAUCCGUAUCUGCCGCCAGGGCUUCCCGAACCGCAUUCCGUUCCAGGAGUUCCGCCAGCGCUACGAGCUGCUCACGCCAAACGUCAUCCCGAAGGGCUUCAUGGAUGGUAAGCGAGCCUGCGAGCAGAUGAUCAAAUCGCUCGAGCUGGACAGCAACCUGUACCGCAUCGGUCAGUCGAAGAUCUUCUUCCGUGCGGGCGUGCUGGCGCAUCUGGAGGAGGAGCGUGACUACAAGAUCACGGACCUGAUCGUCAACUUCCAGGCGUUCUGCCGUGGGUUCCUUGCCCGCCGCAACUACCAGAAACGGCUGCAGCAGCUGAACGCGAUCCGCAUCAUCCAGCGUAACUGUGCCGCUUACCUGAAGCUGCGCAACUGGCAGUGGUGGCGCCUGUACACGAAGGUGAAGCCGCUGCUGGAAGUGACCAAGCAGGAGGAAAAGCUGGUGCAGAAGGAGGACGAACUGCGCCAGAUCCGCGACAAGCUCGAGAACUUGUCGAAGAACUCGCAGGAGUACGAGAAAAAGUACCAGCAGGCAAUGGAGGAGAAGACGCACCUUGCCGAACAGCUGCAGGCUGAGAUUGAGCUUUGCGCUGAAGCGGAAGAGGGUCGGGCCCGGUUGGUCGCUCGCAAGCAGGAGCUGGAAGAGCUGAUGCAGGAUCUGGAGUCGCGAAUAGAAGAGGAGGAGGAGCGUGUGAACGCGCUGACCAGCGAGAAGAAGAAGCUGCAAAUCAACAUUCAGGAUCUGGAGGAGCAGCUGGAGGAGGAAGAAGCCGCGCGCCAGAAGCUGCAGCUGGAGAAGGUACAGCUCGACGCUAAGCUGAAAAAAAUGGAGGAAGACGUCGCGCUGAUCGAGGACCAGAACCACAAGCUGGUGAAGGAGAAGAAGCUGCUCGAGGAGCGUGCCAACGACCUGUCCCAGACGCUGGCCGAGGAGGAGGAGAAGGCGAAACAUCUUGCCAAGCUGAAGGUGAAGCACGAGUCGACGAUCGCGGAGCUGGAGGAGCGUCUGCUGAAGGAUCAUCAGCAGCGCCAGGAAGCGGACCGCUCGAAGCGCAAGAUUGAGACGGAGGUUGCUGACCUGAAGGAGCAGAUCAACGAGCGACGCAUGCAGAUAGAGGAGAUGCAGCAGCAGCUGGUGAAACGCGAAGAGGAACUGGCACAAACGCUCGUACGCAUCGACGAAGAGUCGGCGGCAAAGGCUGCGGCUCAGAAAACGCAGCGCGAGCUCGAAUCGCAGCUGGCCGAAAUUCAGGAGGAUCUCGAGGCGGAAAAGCUCGCUCGCUCCAAGGCUGAAAAGCAGAAGCGUGAUCUGAACGAAGAACUCGAGGCGCUGAAAAACGAACUGUUGGAUUCGCUGGACACCACUGCUGCACAACAAGAACUGCGUUCGAAGCGUGAACAGGAGGUGGCCACCCUCAAGAAGACCCUGGAGGACGAGUCGGCCAACCACGAGUCAACGCUGAUGGACAUGCGUCACAAACAUGCGCAAGAGAUUUCCUCCAUUAACGAACAGCUGGAAAAUCUGAAGAAGAUGAAGGGCGGAUUGGAGAAGAGCAAACAGCAGCUCGAGGCGGAAAAUGCGGAUCUUGCUACCGAAUUGCGCAACGUUAACCAAUCGCGCCAGGAGAACGAUCGUCGACGCAAGCAGGCGGAAACACAGAUCGCCGAGUUGCAGGUGAAACUUGCGGAUGUCGAUCGUGUUCGCGUCGAGCUGCAGGAUAAGGUGACCAAGCUGCAACAAGAAUCGGAAAACAUUACUCAACAACUGGACGAAGCUGAGCUGAAGGCUUCCGCUGCGAUCAAGAGCGCCGGCAAUCUGGAAAGCCAGUUGACCGAAGCGCAACAGCUGCUGGAAGAGGAAACGCGUCAGAAGCUUGCCUUGAGCUCCAAGCUGCGUCAAAUCGAGUCGGAGAAGGAAGCGCUUCAGGAGCAGCUGGAAGAGGACGAGGAGGCAAAGACUAACUACGAGAAGAAGUUGGCCGAGCUGAACUUUACCAUCCAGGAGAUGAAGAAGCGCUCCGAAGAGGACUCGGACAUUGCCAAGGAGCUGGAAGAGUCGAAGAAGAAGAUGAACAAGGACAUCGAGACGCUGCAGCGCCAGAUCCAGGAGCUGCAGGCUGCCAACGAUCGUUUGGACAAGAGCAAGAAGAAGAUCCAGUCCGAGCUGGAGGAUGCCACGAUCGAGCUGGACACGCAGCGCACCAAGGUGUUGGAGCUGGAGAAGAAGCAGAAGAACUUCGACAAGGUGUUGGCCGAGGAGAAGGCCAUCAGCGAGCAAGUGGCCCAGGAACGCGACGCAGCAGAGCGUGAGGCGCGCGAAAAGGAAACGAAGGUUCUGUCACUUACCCGCGAGCUGGACGAAGCGUUCGAGAAGAUCGACGAGCUGGAAACGAAACGCAAGGGUCUGCAAAACGAGCUGGAUGAGCUGGCAAAUACACAGGGAACAGCCGACAAAAACGUGCAUGAGCUAGAGAAGGCAAAGCGGGCCCUCGAGAGCCAGCUGGCAGAACUGAAAGCACAAAACGAAGAGCUCGAGGAUGAUCUGCAGCUGACCGAGGACGCCAAGCUGCGAUUGGAGGUUAACAUGCAAGCCCUGCGCGCACAAUUCGAACGCGACAUUCAGGCGAAGGAGGAGCAGUCGGAAGAGAAGCGGCGCGGGCUGGUGAAAGCUUUGCGCGAUCUGGAAGCCGAGCUGGACGAGGAGCGCAAACAGCGUGCGGCAGCGGUCGCUGCUAAGAAGAAGCUUGAGGGCGACCUGAAGGACAUGGAGGCGACGCUCGAAAUGAACAACAAGGUGAAGGAGGAUGCCCUGAAGCAGGCCAAGAAGCUGCAGGCCCAGAUCAAGGACGCCAUCCGUGACGCCGAGGAAGCUAAGGCGGCUAAGGAGGAGUUAGCUGCCAUUAGUAAGGAGUCGGAGCGCAAGGUGAAGACGCUCGAGGCGGACCUGAUGCAGCUGACCGAGGAUCUGUCCAGCUCGGAACGGGCGCGCCGUGCCGCGGAAGGCGAACGCGACGAGCUGCUGGAGGAGAUCAAUUCCAACUCCAGCAAGGGUUCGCUCAUGAUCGACGAAAAGCGACGCCUGGAGGCCCGCAUUGCCGCCCUGGAGGAGGAGCUCGAGGAGGAGCAAUCGAACCUCGAGCUGAUGGUGGACCGAAACCGCAAGGCCCAGCUCACGAUCGAACAGCUCACCACCGAGCUGGCGACGGAGAAGUCGAACUCGCAGAACAACGAAACCCUCAAGUGCGGCCUGGAGCGACUGAACAAGGAGCUGAAGGCGAAGCUGUCCGAGCAGGAGACGGCACUCCGCACGAAGCUGAAGGCGGCAACGGCCGCCUCCGAGGCGAAGAACUUGAACCUGGAGAAGCAGCUCGAAAACGAAACAAAGGAACGGUUGGCCGUGCAGAAGGCUAACCGCAAGCUGGAGAAACGCAUCAAGGAGCUGACGAUGAACAUCGAAGACGAGCGACGACAUGCCGAUCAGUACAAGGAGCAGAUCGAAAAGGCCAACAACCGCAUGAAGACGCUGAAGCGCAACCUGGACGAGGCGGAAGAAGAAAUCCAGAAGGAAAAGACACUGAAACGAAAGGCCCAGCGCGAGUGCGAAGAUAUGCUUGAAAGCCACGAAGCGCUAUCGCGGGAAGUGAAUGCGCUCAAAUCAAAACUGAGACGAGGUGGUGCAAUGGGCAGUUUGAGCUCAACCCGAUUGACGCCGAAGCGCGAGAACGACUCGAUCUCGGUGCAGGAUGAAUCGCUCGAUGGCGAAGAUAACAGCAACUGACGAAAGACGUCUUCCAAUGGCAACAAACAGCAGCAGCAGCAGCAGCAGCAGCAACAGUAGUAGUAUCAUUCGCAAACAAAACACCAACACAAAACUCUACCAACCACCAUUCCGGCAAACCUUUUUACGGAGGAUCGAGUGAGCGACAGUUAGCGAGAGAGAGAAAGGGAGGAAAAGGACAGCGCGCAACAACAAAACUGAAACCAACAGGUGGUUAGGCCGUAAAUCGGUGUGUAUACCAGCAAUAACGGGACGAGCAACGCUUUUUGCGGGGUGAGGGGAGUGUGGGUAACGUAGAAAAUGCAAUUGAAGUAUCAAAAACAAACGACCGCACACAGACAAACACACACACAACAGACAGGGAAGGAUAUAUCAUCGACAUUUGCAAUAAUGUACAUUUUUCUAACAAUACAUUUACUGCAACUAUUUACCAUCGAAGUAGUUAACGGUUUCCGGUUUGUUGACUGACGGGAGGACUGUGUGGUAACUGUGGCGCCAUGUGUUAUGUGUGAGUGUGUGCGCGCGCGUAAUAAGGAGAUGAUUUCCUUUCUAUGUUUUCCACGCUUUCCAUCCCUCCCUGUCGUGCAUAUCUGCCUAAUAUAUUGUACGUACGCUUUAUAUCAAAGUUGAUUUUUAUGUAAAAUGCGCAACAAUUGUGUGUGUGCGUGUGUGUUUGUGUUGGUGGGGAAGGUGCAGAGAGCGCGUAUUUGUUCACAUUCCUGAUACUUUUGUGAUGAGCCAAGGAUAAAACAUCAUAUCUUAAAAUGGGUUUUAAAAGUAACGUUUCUGUUGCCCGUUUGUUUAUUUCCUUUUUUUUAAAUAAUGCAAUUCCUUUGUCCUCUUUACACGCGAGUUGACAGUGACAUGAAGAAGUAAAGCGGGAGAGUGCAUUUAUUGGGGGGGCAGUGUGCACACCAGCGUCCUAUCGAGCACACUACCUACCGAAAUGGCUGAAUGGGAAGGGAAUGACAGCGCCAAGACGAGCGAAUGAUGAGGAUGAUGUUAAAAGUAUCUGUGUGCGUGUUUACCGUUAGCAAAGUGCCAUGUUUAAUAACAAUCAAAUCUAGAUAGAUCGGGAAAAAACGGGAGAGAGGGGAAAGACAUGAAAGAAGAACCCCAAAACAGCGAAAGAUUGUUAGAUGAAUGGAUUGAAGUGUAGUAAAGUGCUCAUUAAAUGGGCACUUGCAGUUGCAGUUGCAGUCGUCUGUAAUUCCCGCGCCCAGCUCUCGUCAAAGGGACGACGGCCCCCCCCAUCCUCUACGAUCUUUUGACCCUUGUUGUGUCCCUUUUUGGCUCGCGUUAUGUUGGUUUUUUGCCCCUCCGCAUCUCCUCGAUUAGCCGGCAAUGGGUGUGUUUGUGUGUGUGUAUGUGCGCGCGCGCACAUUUUGUCCAUGUGUUUAUUUGUUAAGUUGUUGUGUCGAUUGUUUCAAUGUCAAAAAGCCCAAUCAAUUCACCACCUUGCUGGCAAAUGUUGACGGUGUUGUAAGCAGCGGCGAUGCGUCGGUACUCUAGAUGAAGAGAAGCACUUAAUAAGGGGAAGAAGGUUCAUCACGCACACUGGCGUUUGCUCUUAGCAUAAGGGAGGUGAAAAAGAUUAAAAAAAAGAUUGAAUAGAGAGAUAGAGACAGAAAGCAUAAUGGGAAAAUGGAAGAUGAUCGUUAAAUAGCAAGAAAGAGAGAGAGAGAGAGAACGAGAAAAUGCGCAGCAGGAUUUUCUGUUUUGGAUUUAUUAUUUUUUAUUUCGUAUUUUCUGAUUUUGAUUAUUAUUUAAUGUUUUUUUAAUUCUUUCUAUUUUCGUCCUUUAUUUAACUGUGUAUUAUUACUUUUAUAAUUAUGAUUAUUAUUACUAUUACUUUAAAAAAUCGAAUCGAUCCACAAUUCCGCCGCCACCGCCGACGCCGUUGCAGAGCGCAGAAAAGCCUUGAAAAUGAAUCGAAUUCCUUACGCUGUGUGAGAGGAUGGUUUAAACACGAGAUAUAGAGAUUGCACGGGAUAUAGAAGGAGUGAGAGGGGAGGAUAAAUACGCCACCACCAACAUGUCCUUAGAAGGAACUACACCCGUUUUUGCUACUGUAUCGCUACACACAGCUCUCCUAAUCAAAAUGCGACAACAAAUGUUGGCGCAAACACGUCGAACUCUAUACGAAUGAUCACUCACAAAAGCAACACCGGACCUCCUCGCUCGCCGCCUUCUCACCCGCUCCCGUUUUUCUACAUCCUCCACCUUCCUGUCCCCUUUCCCAUGUUACAUACAUUUAAUAAGCCCCAUGUACUUUUUUAUAGGAAAGAAGAUGAUGAUAAAUCGGACACACAGCUGUGCGUUUGCAGCAAAUGAUUAAAAUUGAUAAUAAAAAUAUCGUUUAAAUAUUGAAAACAUUAAA